AUGACGCGCACGGAGGUCACGCUCGCGGUCGACUUCGCGUGCGAAGGGUGCGCGGCGUCUGUGCGCAGGAUCGCUGAGCGCAUCGAGGGCGUGCGCGAGGUCGAGAUCGACGUCGAGGCGAAGCGGUGCGUGGUGCGCGGGGACGCGUUGGACGCGGAGGACGUUCUCGCGCGCGUGCGCAAGUGUGGACGCGCGACGACGCUGCUGAUGGAGUGA